AUGUUCUCUGCACGUGCAACCCGAGCAGCCGCACAGCGCGUCGCUCGCUCUCAAUCUAUCCGAACUCCAUUCCAACGACGCUUCGCCAGCAGCGAGAGCACCUUCGCUGGCGCCGAGGAUAACGCUUUCAACCGGGAGCGUCAGGCCGUUAAGGAUCAUGCUGCUGCUACUAGUGAUCUCUGGAGAAAAUUGUCAAUCUAUGCUACGAUUCCUUGCUUGAUCAUCGCAAGUGUCAAUGCUAAGAUCUUGUGA